GAAGAUCAUCAUCAAAACCUAUCCUCUCUCACCUAAUCGUCGCUCUCCUCCACCUCUCCCUUUCUCCCGUCCUCCUUCCCUCCCUCUGUCUCUCCCGCCGUCUCUCCCUCGCUCCCUUCAUUCAGCCGUUCGGGGUGGAUGAACCAGAGAAACCAGCAGAGCCCGUGCCAAAGGCGAAGGAGCAGAAGAAGCCGCGCAACAUCGAUUUCUUCAUGCAGGAGCUGAAGCAGGAGCAGGAGCUGCGCGAGCAGAGGGAGAAGGAGCUCAAAGAGCGAGCGGAAGCGAGGGCGGCAGGCAAGCCGUAUGGGAACGAGGGGCAGCCGUCGCUGCUGGGGAGUGAGGGGACGGAUCUGCUGCAACCGUUCCCAGACGGGGUUCGAAGAAGGCCGUCCAAGUUCGACACAGGCCCGCCCCUCAUUGCCACGCCUCCGGGCAUCACCACUGUUUCCACCGACGAUGGGGGAGACCCCCUCACCACCAACCUUUAUGUCGGCAACCUGUCUCCCAAGGUCGAUGAGAAUUUCCUGCUACGGACGUUUGGGCGGUUUGGGCCGAUAGCGAGUGUGAAGAUCAUGUGGCCGCGCACAGAGGAGGAGCACCGGCGGCAGCGCAACUGCGGCUUCGUGGCGUUCAUGAAGCGCGCCGAUGCUGCCAAGGCCAAGAACGAGAUGGACUGUAUGUGGGGAAAAGGGGGAGAGUGGGGGGACAUGGCAGGGAAUGGCUGGGGGGCAGAGCGGUGGAGUUUGGGGGAGAAUGGUGGGAAUGGCUUCUGA